GAGCUUCCCAGGUUGACAGUGCUCCGUGCGGGUUGGCGAAGGAUUUGAAAGGAUACUGCAGAGAGUGGAUGUUCAGGGGAAGGUCGGCUGAGCAUCGGCGCCCGAGUUAGGACUUCGAUUUUAUCCCUUUGUCGUGAGCGCGAGGUCUCGAGGACGUGUUCGGGAUGGAGGUUUUCGAAGAGCCGGGGCGUCACACCCUCGAGGAACACGGGCGUCACACCCCCGUCAGGAUGGACUCUCGCACGUCUUCCUACACGGGCUCCAGCAGCGAUGAGGACGAGCAGUCCCCGCGGGAGAAGUCGCAGAAGACCUCCAAGGGCUCGACCGACUUCUGCGUCAAGAACAUCUCCCAGGCCGCGUUCGGGCGCAGGGAGAUCGAGAUCGCCGAGCAGGAAAUGCCCGGCAUCAUCGCCCUCCGGAAGCGAGCCAUGGACGACAAGCCCUUGAAAGGAGCCAAGAUUGUGGGUUGCACUCACAUCAAUGCCCAAACUGCUGUCCUGAUUGAGACGCUGGUGGAGCUUGGAGCCACUGUGCGGUGGUCGGCGUGCAACAUUUUCUCCACUCAGAAUGAAGUGGCUGCAGCCUUAGCCGAAGCAGGCCAUCCUGUCUUUGCCUGGCGUGGGGAGAGUGAGGAGGACUUCUGGUGGUGCAUCGACAAAUGCAUCAAUGCCGAGAACUGGCAGCCAAACAUGAUCUUGGAUGAUGGCGGAGAUGCAACUCACCUUAUGCUCAAGAAGUACCCGGCCAUGUUCAAGAUGAUCAAGGGUAUCUGUGAGGAGAGUGUGACUGGUGUUCAUCGGCUGUACCAGCUCAGCAAGGCAGGGAAACUGACAGUGCCAGCCAUGAAUGUUAAUGACUCAGUCACCAAGACCAUGUUUGAUAACCUUUACUCUUGUAGGGAAUCAAUCAUUGACAGCUUGAAGCGUGCCACUGAUGUGAUGUUUGGCGGCAAGCAAGUGGUUGUCUGUGGCUAUGGAGAAGUUGGAAAGGGCUGCUGCCAAGCCCUUAAGGGUCUCGGCUGCACUGUCUACGUCACAGAAAUUGAUCCUGUGUGCGCCCUCCAGGGAUGCAUGGAUGGUUUCCGCGUCGUGAAGCUGUCUGAAGUGAUCCGCCAGGUCGACAUCCUGGUGACUGCAACAGGCAACAAGAAUGUAGUGACUCGGGACCACAUGGACAAAAUGAAGAAUGGAGCCAUCGUUUGCAACAUGGGUCAUUCUAAUACAGAGAUUGAUGUGAACUCCCUUCGAACUCCAGACCUGACUUGGGAGAAGGUGCGUUCCCAGGUUGAUCACAUCCUGUGGCCCGAUGGCAAGAGAAUCAUCCUCUUGGCUGAAGGAAGGCUUGUUAACCUGUCUUGCUCAUCUGUUCCCUCAUUUGUUGUGUCCAUCACCUCAUGCACUCAGGCCCUGGCUUUGAUUGAGUUGUUCAAUGCUCCUGCUGGCCGUUACAAGUCUGAUGUUUAUCUUCUCCCCAAGAAGAUGGAUGAAUAUGUAGCCAGCCUCCAUCUUCCCACAUUUGAUGCUCAUCUCACAGAGCUCAGCGAUGAACAGGCCAAGUAUAUGGGCUUAAACAAGGCUGGACCUUUCAAGCCUAAUUACUACAGGUACUAAGUGAUAAAUAGGCUGACGUACAAGAGAUUGCAAUCUACUUGGACUGUAUGACAGGGUCGGAGAUAUUGAGUCCACAUAAUAAUUUUUCAUACAUACUUUUGUUGUUAAAUCAAGAACUGGUUGUAAUAUAGUAUCAUAUUGUUCCCAUUGUCUCAGACUUUGUCCAUAUAAUAAGUUUAUAUUCUGAAUUGUCAUCUCAAUAGGAAAAAAAAUGUUUGCUGCAUCUACAGCAAAAUCCUUUGUACCUGUUAGCAAACAAAGUAUGAACAAAUGUACAUGUCUGUUAAAGAGCCAAUAAUAGUACCUGAAAACAGUAACUGCCAAUCAUCUCAGAGUUGUGUUGAGGUACUAAGAUGAUAUUUCAGAAUGUGAAUGUAAUGUCCAGUAAUGUAAGUAGCUUCCUAUUGACCAUCACAGUAGCAGGUGAACCAUAAUUGAAAGUACAUAUCUGUUCAAUCUCUGUUGUUUAUUAUGGAAAUGGUGGUGAGGUUCUGAUUACUGUAUAAUUAUUAUUGAGAUUUACUUCUUUGGAAGAUUGUUAUCUACAGAGAAAUUGCUUGAACUCUCAAUUUGAUUUGUGUUAUUGUAAUGUGUAAGUAAUUAUUAAUAUAUACCUAUCACAAUUUUAAUUUAAUAAAGAAGGUUCUGCCAUUAUUGAAAACAAAUGUUUAUUUGUAUUUGGAUAAGAAUUAAAACUUUUAAAAAUAUGAAAAAAAUAUAUUUAUGUGAUUUUUGUAUGUGUUCAUCAAUAUUGAAAGGUAAUUGCCAUGUAAAAAUAAGAGCGAAGUUAGUUGGUAGAAAUGCUAUUGAGUUGGAGAAUAUUUUUAAGAAGACAUAGUAGUUUGAAUAUCUGUUUUGACAAAAAUGGUUCUACACACCACAACAGCCUGGAAAAAAAACUUGAGUAAAUAUGCUGUUUAUGUAUAGAUCAUAUUUGCCAAGUUUGUAAUUAGGUUUGGACAAA